CUACAGAUACAGAAGGAACUAGGAAAACGAGUUGGAGUCGGAGAACACAUUAAUUUAUAUCCCGAAUCACGCCGCCGCCGCCGGGCUUUCAGUUUUGCCGUCUUCUCACAGCCUCGCCGCCGAUCACGCCCUUUUAUCUACUGGAGACCUAACUCUCACAAGGAACUGAGAAUGGGGAUCAGUAAAACCGAGAUAGACUUGAGGAGGCUGGUCGACGCUGCCCCGCGGCAGCAAAAUCAAGCCAAACUUGUGCAUUAUGUUGCUAGUUUACGAGAACAAUUGGAGAAGUUGGGUGCAGAAAGAACUCCAGAUGGUUUGCCUAGGGUGUCCAAGGUUAACGUGAAUGAAUAUUCAGACAAAAUUGAAGCCAUUGCUUCUAAACUUGCGGCUGCAUCAUUGCCUGAUAUUAAUGCGCCAACGGAGCCUAUUGCUAGUUCUAGCAGGGGAAGUCAUACUGUAGAGGAAGAAAAUCACCUUCCAUCUUCCCCUGGUUUGAGAAGGAGAAACAGGCAACUCUCAAAUGUUGAAGACAGAAGUCACGACAGCGCACAUGUGGAUGCAUCUACAGCCCAAGUGAAACUGGAUGCUGCAGCUCACAUGCACAUAGAAAAGCACAGAAAGCUUCAGGAGGACCUGACAGACGAAAUGGUUGUCUUGGCACGGCAACUGAAAGAGAGCAGCCUGAUGAUGCAUCAGUCGGUUCAGGGCGCCGAAAAGGUACUCGACUCGACGGAGCAGGCAAUCGAGCAAAGCUUGGCUACGACAGGUCAUGCUAAUGCCCGGGCUGUACAAGUCUUCUCACAGAGCUCCAAGACCUCGUGCCUCACCUGGCUUCUCCUCUUCGCCAUGACUUGCAUCUUCGUCAUGGUCGUGCUUCUCAUUCGCGUCACCUAACAGAAUACUUUUUUUCGUUUGUUAAUCUUAGUGGACUUAUUCCCUCUUUUGUAUGGUAAAUACGUGCUCUAAUGCGCUGGACUUGCUUUACGAAGCAGCAGCAUUUUCUUAACAAAAGUAUUAUGACUUCAUCGGACAGUUGUUAAUGACGUUGGAAUAUUAUAUCAAUAUGGACGACUUCCAUUCUUGUACUAAUAUUAUUGAUAAGAGUUUAUAGUAAUCUGUUGCGAAAUGUCCAAAAGUGAUCUAGUAAUAAUAUAUAUGAGUAUGUUAGUUAUAAUUAACGACGCAAAAA